AUGGAUUCAUUCAUGAGCUUAGCGGAAGAAGUGACAGAAUUCGGGUCCGACUUUCUUGCUUCGUCAAUAUCAGAGCAAAAUAAGCAUGUCCUUGCGAUUCAGCAAGAAGAACUCAGAGCUCUGUGGGAGAAAACAAAACUAGCUUACGAUGCCCUCAACACUUCUGAAGAAUUUUCACAAGAAGAUAAGAGUACAAACAGAAAAAUAAAUAGAGGCGCGUUUGCUAGUUAUGUAAAUUGCAUGUCGUCUUUGGCUGCUCAGGCUGAGAAACUAGCAAAAGAAGAACGGGAUGUAGAACAGAAGCCUUUGCGAAAACACAAUAUUCACCUUCCACCGUGUGAUACCGAUGUUUUCAAAGGCGAUUAUCUGUAUUGGCCAACAUUUCGAGAUAUGUUCACGGCCAUUUACAUCUCGAAUCAGGAGCUUACUCCAGUUGAGAAGCUAUAUUACCUCAACCAAAAAACCAUAGGGGAAGCCAAAGACAUUGUGAAUAAGUGCCUUAUGACUAAUGAAGGUUUCGCCACAGCGUGGAACAAUUUGUGUGAGCGAUACGAAAAUAAGCGUAUCCUCGUUAAUACACAAUUCAAAAUUCUGUUUAAUCUUAAUUCCGUUGAUAGUGAGUGUGGUAGCUCUAUAAAAAGAUUGCAGCGCGAUAUUAACAAUUGCUUGUCUUCCCUACAAAGUCAUCAAAUUGACAUUUCAAAUUGGGACGCAAUUAUUGUGUAUCUUUGCUCUACUAAAUUGCCUGACAGUACUUUGGCUCCAUGGGAGCAAACUAUAGACCACACAGGCGCCUUACCGAAGUGGGAAGAUAUGGACAAGUUCCUAUCUAACAGGUUUCAAACCCUGGAAACCCUGACAGGCUUAAAGGAUACAAAAGCGGUUAAAGCGCCAAAGCGGCAAAACACCAAAAACCCUUCAGAAGACCAAACCAAAAGACUUGGUGUAUUCCAAGCAAGCGUGACCAAGUUCACUUGUACAAUGUGCCAAACGAAUGAGCACAAACUACGCCGCUGUUCCAAAUUUUUGAAGCUUACGCCUGAUGAGAGGUUUAAUUUCUUAAAGAGCAACAACAGUUGCCUGAAUUGUUUGAGUGCUGCACACACCGUGACAAGUUGCACAAGCCCCUUUAAUUGCAGCACUUGCCAGUCGCGACAUCACUCGCUCCUGCACAUUCAGACAAAUGAGCAAAAGGCAACACCGGCUCGCACGCCGACUGGACCUGUCAAUGACAAUGCAUCAUCCUCCCAACAGGCUCAAGCAAAGCGCAGCUUUAAUAAUAGAACUCAUAACAAUAAAAGCAAAAACGUUAAGUCUUGUUAUGCUAACACGAAUUCAGGUGUGCUCCUAGGAACAGCUCGCGUAAAUAUACGUCUAAAUGGCACAAAUUUUUCUGCUCGAGCAUUUAUUGAUUCUGGUUCUGAGUGCUCGUUCAUAACAGAACGAAUCAAACGCAGAAUCAACCUGCCAGCUAAGAGAAUGCAUGCCCAAGUCUCGGGCAUUACGAAUGCAACCUCUGCGCAGGUUAAAGAGGCAUGCAGCAUAGAACUUCGAUCCCCAGUUGAUCCAUUGUUCAGCCUGCACGCAACGGUGCUCGUCCUAACAAAACUAACUGGAAAUCGACCAUCCUGUCAUAGCAGCGCCAUGACUAUGCAGGCAUUUCCAGGUCUUGUUCUAGCUGAUAAACGGUUCUACGUUAAUGAAGAAAGAGACCUCGUACUUGGCGGAGAUAUUUAUCCCCAAAUUAUUUUAUGCGGCCUAAAGAAAAAUGUACUCAGUACACUUCUCGCCCAAGAAACCGUGUUCGGUUGGAUAUUAACCGGUUGCACAGAUGCACCCAAUCCAACCAACAAUAUAGUUUCGCAUCACAGUGAAAUUGCCUUGGACAAACAACUUACUGCAUUCUGGGAACUAGAAGACAUAUCAAAAACCUAA